AAAUUAGCCCGAGAGAGUGUCACGUGUGACUACCAUGUUUGUCUCGUUCUGUGUCUAACCCGAUCUCACGCUAUCUCUCUCCUCCUAGCCCAUAAAACUCCCCUCUCUCCAGCCACAGAGUGACUCUCAGAGACCUCCAUAGACCAAAACAGCCUUCACAGAGCAAACGGAAAUGGCGUCGUCUAGGGUUUCGCUCUGCUUCUGCUUGUUCCUCGCUCUGUGCCUUACCACGAUCCGGGCCGAAGAGGCUGAAUCGAAGGAGUUCGUGCUCACUUUGGACAGCUCCAACUUCUCCGACACUGUGAGCAAGCACGACUUCGUCGUCGUCGAGUUCUACGCACCCUGGUGUGGCCACUGCAAGAAGCUUGCUCCGGAGUAUGAAAAAGCUGCUUCUAUUUUGAGUAGCAAUGACCCACCAGUCAUUCUAGCAAAAGUUGAUGCCAAUGAAGAAGCAAACAAAGGACUUGCCUCUGAAUAUGAGGUUAAGGGUUUCCCCACAAUCAAGAUUCUGAGAAAUGGUGGGAAGAUUAUCCAAGAAUACAAGGGCCCUCGUGAAGCCGAUGGUAUUGUUGAUUAUUUGAAGAAACAAAGUGGUCCAGCUUCUGCUGAAUUAAAGACUGUUGAAGAUGCAACUAAUCUUGUUGGCGACAAGAAGAUUGUUGUUGUUGGGGUGUUCAAGAAGUUCUCUGGAGAGGAGUUUAAUAACUUCACAGCUCUAGCUGAGAAAUUGCGGUCUGAUUAUGAAUUUGGUCACACUCUGGAUGCUAAGCUCCUUCCACGUGGUGAAUCAUCGGUGUCUGGGCCUGUAGUUAGACUGUUCAAGCCAUUUGAUGAGCUUUUUGUUGAUUUUGAGGAUUUUCAUGUGGACGCUCUAGAGAAGUUCGUUGAAGAAUCUAGUUUGCCCGUUAUUACUGAAUUCAACAAUGACCCAAGCAAUCACCCUUUUGUUAUCAAGUUUUUUAAUAAUCCAAAUGAGAAGGCCUUGUUGUUUCUGAACUUCAGUAGCGAGGGUGUUGAUGCUUUCAAAUCAAAAUAUCGUGAAGUUGCUGAGAAAUAUAAUAAAGAAGGCAUAAGCUUUCUAAUUGGGGAUCUUGAGGCUAGUCAAGGUGCAUUCCAGUAUUUUGGACUUAAAGAAGACCAAGUGCCUCUCAUCAUCAUUCAGACAAAUGAUGGACAGAAGUUUCUGAAACCUAAUGUGGAGCCAGAUCAUAUCAUAGCUUGGGUGCAGGAAUACAAGGAAGGGAAAGUAUCACCAUACAAGAAGUCUGAACCUAUUCCUGAGCCUAACAAUGAGCCUGUAAAAGUGGUCGUUGCUGACAGCAUCCAGGACGUUGUUCUCAAGUCUGGGAAAAAUGUGUUGCUCGAGUUUUAUGCUCCUUGGUGUGGACAUUGCAAGAAGCUUGCUCCAAUUUUGGAUGAACUUGCUGUCUCAUACGAAAAAGAUUCUGAUGUUAUUAUUGCAAAAUUUGAUGCCACUGCAAAUGAUGUGCCAAGUGAUUUCAAUGUCAAAUACUACCCGACUUUGUACUUCAAGACAGCAAGUGGAAAGAUCUUGCCGUUUGAUGAGGAUGAGAGGACCAAGGAAAGCUUCACUGCCUUCAUCGAAAAGAACCGGGACAAAACUGAGAAACAAGGGUCGGAGAAACAAGAUUCCGGCAAAGAUGAGCUCUAAAAAGGAGGGGUAGGCCCUACAAUGGAGAACACAGACAUCGAGGCAGCUAGUUGGAUGUUAUGGCGGCUGAGAUAAAACUCUUUGAGAAAUGGUAGAGGAGAGCAUAAAAGCAAUGCCUGACGGUACCUCCCCCCAUAUAUAUCCCUCCUCAUCCCUAUCUAUCAUUAGUUAUGUUUUUUUUUUCUUUUUAAAUUUGAAUAAAGUGGGAGGUGUUUUCGUCAGCUACACUAGUUUCAGAUAUAGCUUAGGGUUACAGUGUGCAGUUUUGAUAAUGUAGAGACCCUUGAAGAAGCAAUUUACAAGUCCUGAAGUUAAUUAUCUCUUUGCAAUUA